UCAUCUUCUCUUACCACAUGUUUAAUUUAGAAAUUUGACCCAAUUUUUUUUGCAAGAAAUCGUGAAAUAACAUUCUCCAGGCGAACUGAAAAUAACCCGUGCUAGUAAAACGUGCCGUGAUUGGACAUUUCAAUUGGAAUACAAUUCUACGCCAAUCAGAAGGGCUCACCAUGCAAUGUGACAGCAGCUGUUCGACCAAUGAGGUUCCUCCCCCACAAAAUUCAUAUUUUUUUUGGUUGUCUGUGCUCGAGCCGCUGUUUCCGCGAGACUCGGUAGUUAGGUAACUAAGAUGAUGGAUGCUCUGUCUGUGGUGACCCAGCUCCGGGACCUGGCGUCGGAGCCCCAGAACCGGGAGGCAAUAGUCCAGGACCAAGGCUGUUUACCCGGACUGGUUCUCUUCCUGGAUCACCAGGACCCGCAAGUGCUGUUCGCCACCCUGCAGACUAUGCGCUACCUCGCAGAGUGGCCCUUGAACAUCACCACUAUGAAGAAUGAACUGGGUAUGAUGGUCAGCCUGGUGACCCUGAUGGAGAGGUCAGUCCACUCUCUCAGGAGUGGUUUGAGCGAUGACAUCAAUGUCCUGUCGCGGGAGGUGUAUGGAAUCCUGAGUGCCCCGCCCAGGCCAGAGAAAGAGAGGAGGAGAAACAAACCCCAGUUCUUCCUCAACUCCUCCAAAGGGAAGAACAAGUCUGUCACUCUGCACAUCCAAGGCCUGGACAGCACUGCCCAGCGAGGUGUGUGUGAGGAGGCUCUACUGAAGGUGAAAGGCGUGAUCAGCUUCACCUUCCAGAUGGCUUCUAGGAGAUGCACCGUUCGCAUCCGCUCUGACCUGCCCACUGAAAGUCUGGCGUCAGCCAUCGCUGCUACCAAGGUGCUGUCAGCCCAACAGGUGGUGAGGAAUGAAGUUGGGGAGGAGGUCCUGCUCCCUCUUAGUGUGUGCGGUGGUAAUGUGAGGGAGGAGAACGUAUCAAUCCCAGACUACCUCCCAGAGGACGAGAGUCCCGAGAGCGAGACGGACCGCGCCGUGUCCCGUACCGCAGCCAAGGACAACACCACUGGCAGCUGGCUCGGCUCAGCAGCCACUUUCCUCACCAGAUCCUUCUACUGGUGAAACUGGGGCCCUCAGGAGGCUGUUCUCACAGGGGACACCUGAACUGGGAACACAGCAGAACUGCACCCGUAUGGCUGCAUCCCCAUUCUACAACACAUCUCCCGUAGUGUACACUAUGCCUGCAUCCCCAUUCUACAACACAUCUCCCGUAGUGUACACUAUGCCUGCAUCCCCAUUCUACAACACAUCUCCCGUAGUCUACACUAUGCCUGCAUCCCCAUUCUACAACACAUCUCCCGUAGUGUACACUAUAUCUGCAUCCCCAUUCUACAACACAUCUCCCGUAGUGUACACUAUGGCUGCAUCCCCAUUCUACAACACAUCUCCCGUAGUGUACACUAUGGCUGCAUCCCCAUUCUACAACACAUCUCCUGAAGUGUACACUCCCCGUCAUGGAUUUAAAAGCAUUGGAUUAGUGUAAGCAUACACUAGGGGACAGAGAGAGAAACAGGAUGUUACCAGAGGUGUAAAAAGUAAAGAUACCUUAAUAGAAAAUGACUCAAGUAAAAGUCAGACAGUAAAAUACUACUUGAGUAAAAGUCAAAGUAUUUGGUUUUAAAUAUACUUAAGUUUCAAAAGUAAAAGUAUGAAUUAUUUCAAAUUCCUUAUAUCAAGCAAAUCAGACGGCACCAUUGGCUUUUUACAUGUUUUAAUGAUCAAUAGCCAGAGGGCACACUCCAACACUCAGACAUCAUUUACAAACAAACCAUGUGUUUAGUGAGUCCACCAGAUCAGAGGCAGUAGGGAUGACCUCUGUUUAGUGUGUGAAUUGGAACAUUUUCUUGUCCUGCUAAGCAUUCAAAAUGUAAAGAGUGCUUUUGGGUGUCAGUGAAAAUGUAUGGAGUAAAAAGUACAUUAUUUUC